AUGGACACCGCCGCCACCGCCGCCACCGCCGCCGACGCGCUCGCCGCGCUGGCGCCCUCCUGGAGCGCGGCGGUCGUGCUUCUCUCCUACCUCGGCUACCUCGCUUUCGCUGGCGCCGUCCUCCCCGGAAAGCUCGUCGCCGGCGCCGUCCUGCCCGACUCCUCCCGCCUCCACUACCGCUGCAACGGUCUCCUCUCGCUCCUGCUGCUCCUGGGGCUCUCCGCGCUCGGCGUCUACAUGGGCUGGAUGACUCCCACGGUCGUGGCUGACCGUGGACUCGAGUUGCUGUCGGCGACAUUCAUCUUCAGUGUCAUUGUCACUUUCAUGCUCUAUUUUAUCGGGCUAAGGUCCCGCCAUCAAAGUUCUUCAUUGAAACCACAUGUUAGUGGGAGCUUCAUAGAAGAUUGGUGGUUUGGAGUGCAGCUUAAUCCCCAUUUUAUGGGAGUUGACCUCAAGUUCUUCUUCGUGAGGGCUGGAAUGAUGGGAUGGUUGUUUAUCAACCUGUCUUUGUUUGCAAAGAGCUACCUAGCUGGCUCAGCUAACCGCUCAGUCAUUCUUUACCAAUUCUUUUGUGCGUGGUAUAUUAUAGAUUACUUCAUUCAUGAAGAAUUCAUGACCUCCACAUGGGACAUUAUUGCGGAGAGGUUGGGUUUCAUGCUGGUGUUUGGUGACCUAGUUUUCAUUCCUUUUACCUUCAGUAUUCAGGGUUGGUGGCUUCUGAGAAACAAAGUGGAGCUGCCACUUUUGGCUUCCGUUGCUAACUGCUUCGUUUUCCUUAUCGGCUAUUUAGUGUUCAGAGGAGCCAACAAACAAAAACAUUUGUUCAAGAAAAACCCUAAAGCUCUUAUAUGGGGUAAACCUCCCAAAGUUGUUGGGGGAAAGCUACUGAUAUCUGGCUACUGGGGCAUUGCAAGGCACUGCAAUUACCUUGGGGAUCUACUUCUGGCACUUUCAUUCAGCUUGCCUUGUGGAGCCAGCUCUGCGAUCCCAUACUUCUACCCGACCUACCUGCUCAUCCUGCUGAUAUGGAGGGAGAGAAGAGACGAGGCAAGGUGCUCAGCAAAGUACAAGGACAUCUGGGCUGAGUACUGCAAGCUUGUGCCUUCGAGGAUCCUGCCUUACGUGUAUUAGUCAAUCAGAAGGCAUCAUUCCUGACUGAGCCAUGUUGUAUUCUUUUGUAAACUAUGCUGAUGUAGAACUGGCAAGUUUCUGUUGUUUUUUUAUACAGUAUCUAGUUUCAAACUGAAGUUACACAUCUCUUGGUAAAGGAAGUGGUCUUAAUUUUC